CUAAAAGUAGAGAAAACCAGCCGGGGUCUGGUGUUUUUGAUGCGACACUAAACCAACGCGCCGGUGAGCCUCCAAAGACAACAGGUCUUGCGCAACGCCGGCAUGACCGCAGUGGACUUUGACCCGGACUUGCGGACUGUGCGGGUUUUCCGGCGUUCCCGGCCUCAGUACGUGUUCCGACAUGCAGAGGAGACUCCUGCUGGUGUCCAACUCCACCCUGCACGGCAGCGGCUACCUGGACCACUGUCAGCAGCACAUCUCACGGUUCUUCGGGACAAAUGUGAAGAGGGUCCUGUUUGUUCCAUACGCGCUCCAUGACAGAGACGCGUACACCAGAACAGCCAGGGACAAGCUGAAAACCCUGGGUUACGAGGUGGACAGCAUCCAUGAGGCCUCGGACCCCGUCGAUGCCGUCAGGAAGGCUGAGGCCAUUUUUAUAGGAGGAGGAAACACUUUCCGCCUGCUGAAGAGUCUCUAUGACAACCAGGUGGUGACGGAGAUCAGGACGAGGGUCCUCCAGGACGGUGUCCCCUACCUGGGCUCCAGUGCCGGCACCAACGUGGCCACCGUCAGCAUCAACACCACCAAUGACAUGCCCAUCGUCUGCCCUCCGUCCUUCGCCGCCAUUGGUCUCGUCCCCUUCAACAUCAACCCACACUACCUGGACCCCGACCCCCACAGCCGCCACAUGGGUGAGACCAGAGAGCAGAGGAUCAGCCAGUACCAUGAAGAACCUGACACUCCAUGUGUCCUGGGUCUGCGGGAGGGGUCCAUGCUGCUGGUGGAGGGACACAAAGCCACUCUGCUGGGAACCACCAAGGCCAGACUCUUCACCAGGGAGAAGCCUUCGGUAGCGACCUGA